CGCCCCCCGUCGGCCUCUAGCUUCGGCCGGAGCUCGCCCGAAGACCUCCGCCUCGGCCAUCAGAACUCUUCCGAGUCUCUCAAUGCCGCCCCCCUCCGCCUCCGCUGCCCGCUUCGCCGCCCACUGGGUUGUCGACGCCCUCGCCGGCGACGAGACCCUCCACUUCUCCGCCAUCGAAGCGUUGGUGGGCGUCUGGCCGGAGUCCCUCGCGGGCGCACCGGAGGCCACGCGGGAGAGGGUUGCGCUCCGAUGCCUGCAGGAGGCCGCAGAGGGGGCGGCGCUGGGAGGGGGAGAGAGGCUUAGGGUUGAUGCCACCCGCUCUUGCGAGGAAUUACUCAUUGAGCUAAUUGGACAGGUUGGUAAUUCAGAAAGCUUAGAGAUGGAUAUGCUUCCACAUUUUAGUGAUAUUCAAAAGUUCAUACGGAUCAAGAUACCAACUUUACUGGAAACUUGUUUUGAGUUGCUUAGAGAAGUGAACCCAGAGAUCACAUCUAUGGUUGCACCGUCCCCAGUGGAGAAGAGUGCCAAGAACAAUGUCAAUGACAAGUCAUUUUGCAGUAUCAGCCGUGAUCAUGUAAAUACUGAAAAGCAUGGGUGCCCUAGAGAUAGUUCUGAUCUUCAGCGAGUGAACUUAACGGUUUUUGUCAAUGCAAUUGACACAAGAGAUGUGCAGAAGGAUCCAAUGGAGCCAAUUCCAGAAUUAAACGAACCAUCUACAUUGUCCAGUAGACGUUAUGAUCAACCUCAAGAAAAUACUAUUGACUAUAGAGACAUGCCCAUCACAGCCGAGCCUGCUUCAGCUACCUGCAGUGAUGCUUUGCUUCAAAGUAAUACUGAACUUCUGUCAAAGAAGGAUGCGGUGGAGACUACCAUGUCCCAAGAAAAGAGUCCAACUACCAACCUUCAACCACGAUCCUGUGGAGACAAGUACCAAAAUCCAUCCCACAACAAUGACGGAGAGAGACCACACAAUGAUGGCAUCGACAUUCAGUCAUCAAAAGAUCUCAGCCAUCAAGGAUCAACCAUGCAGUCUACGGUGGCUCCAGAUUCGGAUAGAAGCACUGAUGCCCUACUGACAUGUACAUCUGAAAAAAGCCACUUUCCCGAGUUUGUUGCUGCAGAUGAUACAGUGAUGGUUGCACAACCACUUGGCAGAAAAACUAGGAGUUCGCUGCAACAUGACCAUGGUGAGAAAGCAAGUCAAGAUCUGGAUGAGGGCAGUGCCAGGAUUCAGCUAGUGGAAAAGUAUCCUGGUCAUAAUGAACUGAAUCUUCAAACUGCAGGUGCUGUACCUUCUGUAAGCUGCUACGUGGCUGUUCAAGAAGAUAAAUCUGAAACAAACCAUCCACAAGAGGAUGCUACAGAUCAUUCUGAAAUGUGUGCACAGAUGAAUGGUGAUAAGGCUAAUCUUGGAGUCAGUUCUGCUGACAAAACUAAUCCAGCAAUACGGGUUGAUGGAAACAUCUUGAAGAAGAAUACAUCCUGUGGUGGUCAGACUGCUAUAGAUUCUCCUUGCUGCAAUGUGACUGCACAUACUAAAAGUUUGGAAGUCAAUUCUUUAUCCGAGAAGAAUGCAGAAAAGAAUAUGGCUGACAGAUCUGUUCCAAGCUCUCAUAAGGAUGGAAAUAAAGAAGGAACCAAGCAAGCUGCAAACAAGAAAAUCAUGGGGAAUGCUGUGGUGGAAACAUCAAAUGUGCAUUGCUCUGAUGACAGUUCCAGUGGCUUAGCAGCUGCUUGUCUUCUAUCAUUGAUGUGCAAUUUGCCUUCCUCUACUCAGGAUAGAGAUGCCGAUGGUUCCAUCGAGGGAUUUAGAGAACAAGAUUUGUGCAUAAAAUGUGGUAAAGAUGGCCAGUUGCUGAAAUGUAGCAGCUGCGCAUUAGCCGCUCAUGAUAGCUGUUUUGGUUCAUCAGUGACAUUUGAUGUUUCUGGCAAGCUAUGUUGCCCUGUGUGCUUCUAUACUAAAGCUAAUGAAGCAUAUCAAAAAGCUAAAACAGCAUAUUCGAAAGCUAGGAAGAACCUAUCCGCUUUCCUUGGCACGAAGCAACAUGAUGAACAAUUUACUGGAAAAGAACCAACAGCCGCCUGCAGCAAGUAUCACUUGAAUGAAGGUAAUACAUCCAAAAGUCAGGGUAACAGUCUAUCUGAAGCAGACAAUCUUUCUCUUAAAGAUGAAGAACCUGUUCAGUGGAGGAACAAGCAGAGAACAAACGACACAAGUGAUGCUUGUCACGAGGAGGAUCAGUUAAAUGGGUGUAAUACAUCGAAAAGGCAAUGCGACGAUCAGUCUGAAGCAGAUAAGGAUGAAGAACCUGGCCAGCAGAGGAAGAAGCAGAGGAAAAAUGAUACAAAUGAUGCUUGUCCUGAAGAGGAUCAAUUAAAUGGGUGUAAUAGAUCCAUAAAACAAGGUAACCAUCAGUCUGGUGACCUUUCUCAUCAGGAUCUAGAACCUGGUCAGCAUAAAUCAAAUGCGACAACCGAUACUUGUACUGAGGAGGUAAUCACUGAAAAUGCAUCUCUUGGUCUGAAUUCUGAUAUUGCAACCAAUAAAGAUUGUGUACCCCACUAUAAAAGAAGACACAUUCACGUCGCAGAGCAUGGACGGCCUGUGGAAAAUGCAAAAGCCCAUGAAGAUGGCAAUGACAAUUCAUUUUAUGAAGUACAACAUUCAUCUCAGAGUAGAUCCAGUCCUGUUACCAGUCAGAAUGUUGAGGCUGACAAACAUGAUGGUCGUACAAAUUCUCACGAAUGUGAAAAUUCUGAUGAGAUAGAAGCUACGUCUUCAAAUGAUUCUCGCAAGCAGUCAUCGCCCCCUUGGCGAAACAUGAGACACCAUAAAGCAAGGUUGCAAAAAAAGCAUACAGUGGUAUCACAUAAUUUUAAAAAAACAUUGGGAUGCCAGGAUGAGCACAUGCCUUCGCCAUCGAAGAAACGGAACUAUGCACCCAAGCGUUACUCUAAUCCGCUUGCACCAGGAAGGCGCUCAAAGCUCUGUUGGACGGAAGAAGAAGAGCAAGCUUUGAGGGACGCAAUGUUAAAAUUCACCCCAAAAGAUGACGGGGUCAUUCCCUGGGUUCGGAUACUAGAAUAUGGCAGUGAUGUGUUUCACAAGACACGCCUCCCGAGUGACCUGAGAGUCAAAUGGAGGAACAUGAAGAAGAAAUCAUAAUCCUGACACUGACCAUCUGGCACUUAAUGCAGUUAUUUUGCCAUGCUUGCCUAACCCUUUGUUCACCUCUUUGAGCUAGCUCUAGUCCAUCCUCUUGUAAGACUGUAUAUAGUUCAUGAUGUUGGCUUCUGAUCUCUGAUGCUGGGUGAAAUAUGUAGAUUGCAACCCGCUAGGGGCCCUUAUUUCUCUGUUUGUUUGUUGUUGCGGUCAUAAGGCCAUGUUUAAAGACUGUAUUCUUUUCCGGCAAAUAAACAGGAGAAAUGCCUCUA